CCUAUUCGGUAGAGUUAUGAGACGAAACAGCGUCACCGCCCCUCUGAAGUACGCCUGGGAUUAAACCAAACAGAAAGAAGGUAAAGUUACAGUCAAAGCGGAGGAAUUCUGGUAAAAAGCGAAAGCGGAGCGACUCCUCCGGACUUUACAGCGACCCGCUUUACAUGCGAGCAGCGCAGACACCACGGAGCUGCUUCCACACGGCGGGACACCCUGGAAAAGACGGAGAAACCUCAGGAGGAUGUCGAGUUUCGAGGACUGGGGCUGAAAGUCGUAACGCCAGGAUGUGAGGCGUCCCGGGGGAGAGCGGAGACCGAGGCCGCCGGCGGCAGGAUGUUGGUCCGCAGCUCGCUGGGUCGGACCCGAGCCAGAGUGACUCACGCCGUGGUGGUGAUCUUCCUGGAGUUCUUCGCCUGGGGCCUACUGACCACGCCCAUGCUCGCAGUUCUGCGGGAGACGUUUCCUCAGCACACCUUCCUGAUGAAUGGCCUGGUCCACGGCGUCAAGGGUUUCCUGUCCUUCCUGUCGGCGCCUCUGAUUGGUGCUCUGUCCGACACCUGGGGAAGGAAGUCCUUCCUCCUCAUCACGGUCUUCUUCACCUGCGCCCCCAUCCCCUUCAUGAAGAUCAGCCCCUGGUGGUACUUCGCUCUGAUCGCCGUCUCAGGAAUCUUUGCCGUUACCUUCUCCGUGAUCUUCGCCUACGUCGCUGACAUCACUGAGGAGCACGAGAGGAGCACCGCCUACGGACUGGUGUCCGCCACCUUCGCCGCCAGCCUGGUGACGAGCCCGGCCAUCGGCGCUUACCUGUCGUCGCGCUACGGGGACAGCCUGGUGGUGCUGGUCGCCACGGUGAUCGCGGUGGCUGACAUCGCCUUCGUGUUCUUCCUGGUUCCGGAGUCUCUGCCUGAGAAGAUGAGGCUGUCGUCGUGGGGGUUCCCCAUCUCCUGGGCCCAGGCCGACCCAUUCGCUUCUCUGCGGCGGGUCGGGAAGGACUCCACGGUGCUGCUGAUCUGCGUCACCGUCUUCCUGUCCUACCUGCCUGAAGCGGGCCAGUACUCCAGCUUCUUCCUGUACCUGAAGCAGGUGAUCCAGUUUUCCCCUGCAGCCAUCGCUGCCUUCAUCGCCAUGGUGGGAGUCCUCUCCAUCGUCGCUCAGACUGUCUUCCUCAGCAUCCUGAUGAGGACCAUCGGGAAGAAGAACACGGUUCUGCUGGGUCUGGGCUUCCAGCUGCUGCAGCUGUGCUGGUACGCCUUCGGCUCUGCGCCGUGGAUGAUGUGGGCAGCAGGAACCAUAGCUGCCAUGUCCUCCAUCACCUUCCCAGCAGUCUCUGCUCUGGUUUCGCACAACGCAGCCGCCGACCAGCAAGGUGUGGUUCAGGGGAUGAUCACGGGGAUCAGGGGUCUCUGUAACGGCUUGGGUCCGGCUCUCUACGGAUUCAUCUUCUUCCUGUUUGAUGUGGAGCUGACCGACGUGCAGCCGGCCACAGGAAGAGGAGAGCAGAGCGCACAGGUAACCCUGACCCCAUCGGACCUUUUUACAGCGGCACCUGUUAGGGUCCAGAGAUCAGAACCUGGACUGGAUCCUGACCGAGAAUCAGAACCAGGAUCUGAUGCUUCCAGGAGGCAUCAGGUGGAGUUUAGCUAACCUCAGGCUAAAGUUCAGGCUGAUGGACGCCAGCAGGUGAAUAAUCCACCUCCUGAUCACGUAGUUCUCUUCUGAACCAGGAGGUGGCAGCAGUGACACCGUUAAUUGAAGUAAUUCAACUUCAAGUUUUCCUUGUAAAUAAGUAAACUGACUAAAUCACUGCAGUGAAUGUCUGUAAUCAAAGCUAAAUACGACAG